CACGGAGUCUGCCGACGUGGGCGGACGGCGGCCGCCCGCCCGCUCCAGCUGCGAGACAAAGGGGAUCUUGACUUGAGCUGAGAGGAGGGUCCUUGAAUCUUGACGCGAGAGCAAGCAAGAUAGCUUCCUGUACUUGCUUGGUAUCUCCUACUUUCCGGACCAGAGCCCAUCAUGGCCAUGGGAGCUGUGCUCUCCAGUAGAAGCUUCGCCUCUCCGCCCUCUUCAGUAAAGAGACAUGAGCUGAAAUAUUCCACAACAACACAGAGCAACUGUGUGUGUUCAUCGGUUCCUGGACACAGAUUCCAUCAACACGUUACUGGGAGCACUCUUUUCCCGGCCCAAAGUCAUUCAAGAAGCACUGUAUCGGCAAGACAUUUGAUAUCUGGGCGAUUCAUCAAGAAUAGAGUUCUAUCCAGGGUUGAGUGCUUUCUCACUUCAGACCCAGCAAGCGGUGGUUGGCUAAAACCACGGAGGUGGCAGAAUUCCACUGCUACUACAGAGAGAUCUUGUGUCCAACCAGAGUACAGACUGCCCAUCAGAAGACGUGCUGACUUCAAAGCCGAGCAGUAUGAAAUCACAGGAUCAUCGUUCAGCCCUUCUGAUGGCCCUGAUGCAAUUCUGGUUGGAGAUACGAGCAACAUUUCUCCCUGGUGGCAGCAGUUCCCAAAGCGAUGGACGAUCGUCCUCCUCUGCUUCUUUGCGUUCCUCCUCUGCAAUAUGGACCGCGUCAAUAUGAGUAUUGCUAUACUACCAAUGGCGUCAGAGUUCAGCUGGAGCCCAGCAACCGUUGGCCUAAUCCAAUCAUCUUUCUUUUGGGGCUAUCUUCUUACUCAGAUUCUUGGAGGUAUUUGGGCUGAUAGGUUUGGUGGCAAGGUUGUGCUAGGAUUUGGUGUUGUAUGGUGGUCAAUUGCAACAGUUGUUACACCCCUUGCUGCCAAGAUUGGACUUCCAUGCUUGCUCAUCACACGUGCCAUCAUGGGGAUAGGCGAGGGUGUUGCCAUGCCUGCUAUGAACAACAUCCUUUCCAAAUGGAUCCCAGUUUCAGAGAGGAGCCGAUCUCUUGCUUUAGUUUACAGUGGAAUGUACCUUGGUUCAGUCACCGGCCUCGCUUUCUCACCUGUGUUAAUCAGCAGAUUCGGUUGGCCUUCUGUUUUUUAUGCGUUUGGGUCCCUAGGAAGCAUCUGGUUUGCACUUUGGCGAUUCAAAGCACACAGCUCUCCAGAUGAUGAUCCAGAACUGAGCAAAGCUGAAAAGAGGCACAUACUAGGUGGUAAUGCUUUAAAGGAGCCUAUCACUUCGAUACCAUGGAGACUAAUUCUAUCAAAGGCUCCAGUAUGGGCUCUAAUAAUAUCACAUUUUUGUCAUAACUGGGGAACAUUCAUUCUUCUAACAUGGAUGCCCACAUACUAUAACCAGGUUCUGAAGUUCAAUCUCACCGAAUCCGGGCUGCUGUGUGUCUUGCCAUGGCUGACAAUGGCUAUUUUUGCAAAUAUCGGUGGUUGGAUUGCCGACACUCUUGUUCAGAGAGGGAUUUCUAUAACAAAUGUUCGUAAGAUCAUGCAAUCUAUUGGUUUCCUUGGACCUGCCCUGUUCUUGACGCUGCUGAGCAAAGUCCAAACUCCAGCCAUGGCCGUGUUGUGCAUGGCAUGCAGUCAGGGUAGUGAUGCUUUUUCACAAUCUGGGCUGUAUUCCAACCACCAAGAUAUAGGACCACGUUAUGCGGGUGUACUUCUUGGACUGUCAAACACUGCCGGCGUGCUUGCAGGAGUUUUUGGUACUGCGGCCACUGGCUACAUUCUUCAGAAAGGUUCUUGGGAUGGUGUGUUUAAGGUGUCUGUUGUGCUGUACAUAGUAGGAACAGUGGUGUGGAAUGUCUUUUCAACCGGAGAGAAAAUUCUUGAAUGAUCUGUGCUGUGAAUAAAAAUUAGCUGCUUUUUAGAUUCAUUUUGCGUAAAAUACGCUGUGGCAGGGAAGGCUCUUCACGAGAUGUAGCUGAAAGGUGAAAGCUCCCUUGUUAGCUAUAUAGGGAUACGGUGUUUAGCCUACUUAGAGGAUGAACUGCAAAUUAAAGUGUGAUGCAGUUAGAAGGUGAGCCAAAUAAAUCUCUUAUGCAGCAUGAAGCUGCAGCAACGGCGCGCACGCCAGAUUUUGAAGCAAGUUUUUUGCACCUGUUUCGUGAGCAGUCCAGAUCCAAGCUUGUACAACAGGGUUACAGUUACAAUACACGUUAUAGUAUGCAGCAGCAAAAGAGCGUAUGAUUGCCAUA